AUAAUAACAAUAAAAAAAAAGACAAAAAAAAAAAAAAAUAUAUUUUUACUGCGACGAGUCAUAAUCCAGUAUAAAAAAAUACAAAAAAAAAAAAAAAACUCGAAUAAAAUUUAUAUUUAAGAUUCGUAUAUUGUCGUAUACGAAAAUCCACAAUCGCAGAUUGUAAAAAAAAACAAAAUCAGAGACAAAGGCAGCCUUGGAGUCUCUGGUCUCAUGGUGUCCAUCUAAAAUGGAGCGUCUCACAAAUGAGCUAAAAAAUAGAGUCAUCUAAAUUUAUAAUAUUUGAAUAAACAAAUUGUGUUGUGUUUACAUUAAAAAAAAAAAAAAUAUCAAAAUUGAUUUAUAAAUUAAAUUAGCAUUUUAGUGAUUGUUUUUUUAUGGUUUCAUCAGACACCACAAGCUACAAGAUAUAAAUAAUUAAUUUAAAUAUUAAUUAAAUAAAUUUCCAGUGUGUUAAAAUGUUCUUGUUGAUGACUGUGAUGGUGAACAACAAUAGCCAAACAAAUGUCAUCAUCUAGGUAUAAUUAUUACCUCAAACUACAAAUGAUAGCUAUUAUUUUAACUAUGUUAUUUUGCCAAGACAUCAGCUGGUCGUAGUAGUGUGUCUAAAAAAACAAAAAAAAAAAAAGAACAUCGCAUUAAAUUGAUAAUAAUAAUAGUCAGUCAAUCAGUCAGCUGGUGACGACACACUCUGACAAAUAAAUAAGAUAAAUAAUGAGAUGAUACUUGGUGAUUUUAUAUCAUCUAGCAUGUAAAAAAUAAAUAAAUAUAUCAAGUUUAUUUGUAAUCGAGUUUGUUUACCAGUUGAAAAAAAAAUAACAAAAAUAAAAAAAAAAUGACAAUAACAUGUCAAACUUAAAGAGCUGUUAAAAUUAAUAGCUUAUUUUAUGAGCAGCUAAACUGCUCAAAAUUAAUUGUAUUAUUAUAAAAAUUGAUAAGUCAAUAUUAAAAAUAAACAAACAUUAUUUAAAUUGUUUUCCUUGUUGAAGGAAAUAAUUAAGAAAAAAAUGGGUAAUUGUUUAAAAGGAAGUGGUGGACAAACAGAUAAUGCAACACUGCUGAGUAAUAAUCCAGAUCCAGCAUUGACUGGAAGUUUAUCACAGGAUACAAUUGGAUCACAAGCAAUGCCUUAUAAUGAAAUAAUUGACUCACGUUAUCCAGGAAUUGGUAGAAAUAUGAGAUUAACUGAAUCAAGUGUUGGCUUUGGUCAUAGUAUUGGUGGUAUUGUUAUUGGUAAUAAUGGAAGUAAUGUUAAUUCAACAUCAGUCAAUGAAGAAGAGCAAGUACGUAUUGCUAAACGACUUGGUCUUAUUCAACAUUUACCAACACGUAAAUAUAAUGGUAAUAAAAAAUGUGAAUGCGUUAUAUGUAUGAUCGAAUUAACAAUUGGGGAAGCUAUCAAAAUAUUACCGUGUAUGCAUACUUAUCAUGAGACAUGUAUUGAUGACUGGUUGCUGAGAUCAUUGACUUGUCCAUCAUGUAUGGAACCGGUUGAUGCUGCACUUAUUAAUUCUUAUCAUCCAACAACUUAGAUAUUUUAUAUACAAUUUAUCAACAACAUCACUGAAUGUAAAAUAUUCAAAAUAUUUUAACAAGAAGAAAACAACAAAAUUAAUUAUAUUUAUAUGAUAAUAAUAAUUAGCUUUUUCUUUUUAUUUUUUUGAUUAAUCAUCAGAUAGAUAUAUGAAUAUUUGGAAAUAUUUUUUUAUCAUUUUAGUAGCUUUAUUUAAUCUCAUCUCAAGCUGUCGAAUAUUAUUUAGAGAAAGUUUUUCGGUGCGAAAUAAAUGAUAUUUAUAAAUUUAAAAUAGCUAAAAUAUAAU